AUGGGGGUUUGUUUAUACUAUAUAAUUGUAUUAUUGUUGAUAUUACCUUCAAUUUGUCUGGAAGAUACGACAGAUAUGAAUGACAUAAGAGAUGAUAACCAUAAAAUUAUUAAAUACAUAGCAAUUCUACUUUUCACUGUCUUGUUGCUGUACGGUAUUAUUAGCAACAUACUUCUGGCUGCUGUAUUCUUCCGCAAAGACAAUCACUACAGUCGAGAAUUUAUUGCUAUUGCGUCACAGCUGAUUAUAUCCAAUUUCAUGGCUUUUAUCCCACAAAUAGUUGUUGUAUUUCCUGAAAUAUUAAAAACUAAAAGUAAUUCAUAUGAAACAACAUGGAUCAAUCGUACAUUCUCAACUUUUGCCACUUUCCCAUUCUUUUCCAUACUUAAUUUUUCAUUUCUGUUGACAAUGAAUCGCUUUGUGGCACUAAUUUUACCAAAAUACUACUCUAUUUUCCGGUCAGCCAAGCUGUACAUUUUAAUCUUUCUCGUGUGGUUGUCAACUUUUGUGUUCACAUGUGCCGAUUUUUAUUUUUGCACCACAGAAUUCUUUGCUUGGAAGUUAAGCUGGGAAGGUGAUUGUGAAAAAUCAAAUGGAAUAGCAAAGACUUGGUGGAGAAUACGCUUUUUUUGUGCACUAUUCAUACCUAAUGCAAUGUUUGUCAUAUAUCUUACGAUAUUCUACAGUGUACGCAGUAGGCGUCAAAGAAUAACAAGAUUGUGUGAUGGACAUGGAACAAUGAAAAAUCAUCAUUAUGAAUGGUCGGUGUUGUUUCAGGCUGUGUGGAACUAUGGUAUAUUGGAAACCGGAAGUAUUAUCUUUAAUAUUUUACCAUCAACUUUGGUUGAAAUUUUCGGUGAAGCAGCUCGUAUUCCAUCAAAGAUUUUCAUAAAUUGUUAUUUCCUUUUCAUUUAUGCUAUGCUGCCUACUGUUCAUUUUGUUUACAAUACGGAAACACGUAAUGUCACAAAACAUUAUUUGUAUCAUUUGUUGCAUUUGAGAAUUGAUGCAUUGAAAAGAACAAAGCCGUUAGGAAACAUCCCGAAAUGUGAUGGGUAG